CUGGUUUUCGCUGCACUGACUAUAGUACCAGCGAGGAUUGGUCACUGGGUGAAAACAACUUUACGCACACCUUCUCAUCGAUCCACGACGAAUGGAUUGUAAGGCAAGUUCGCACUUAAAAUUUUAUAUAAGAUAAAAAUUACGACAAAAUGUUAUUAAAUAAGGGCAUUAAUGUUAAAAGACUUAUAACAAAAUAUCACGAUGCGAUUAAUUCUUUAUUUUUUGUUAACAGCUACAGAAGUUGCUGUUGGAUAUCUUUAUUCCGGUAUGGUGGCAGUUGGCGAUGGCUCGUAUCAACGACCGUAAACCUUACCAGGCGGUUAGAUACUGGGAGAAUUAACUCGUCUCCUGUAUCAAGAAGCCCCGCUAUUAUAUGCUGGUCUGAAGGCUGUCCCAGUCAGUCUGUACGGAUCCCAAUAGAAGACGCCGACGGAGAUGUGGUAAAAUGUCGCUAUGCAAAAUACUCCGAGUCCUACUUUAACAACGAUAGUUUCCCUUAUGGCACAUUUGAUGAG